CGUUGUUAUUUAAAUAAAGGCAGCGGCGCCGCGUGAGAAACAAAAAAUAGCCGUUUACAUGCAGCGGUCUGUGCUGCUUUCACGGGUAACAGAAAAAAAUCGUAUUUUUUAAAAUACCACAUGAUAACGCAGUAAAGUAUUUUUUGGGGGAGUGGAAAGUUUAUUUAUUUUAAGGCACCACCAAAAAACGGUGACUUUUGGGGAAUUAACAGAAAGAGUCCCAACAACAACAAAAAACAAACAAACAAACAAAUAAACUGGUAAUGAUUCCGACUUUGGAUCACGUUUUUACCACACCUACCAUGACACUAAAUGCACCACCACCACCUCCUUCGUGUGUACGUGUUUUUAGCGUGUGGGACUUUUCUGUCGCUGUCCGGCUUUUUAAGAAACCAGUACCUGUUUCACAGGUGCCAGUGAGCUUGUUACGGAUCAUACGGAGGCAUGGAACAGCCAGCUUUUAUUUUGGAGGAGUUGAAGCAGUUUGUCAUAAAUGAUGCCCCACCAACAGUGUAUUACAUCCCAGAGUUCAUAUCUGCAGAUGAGGAGUCCCACCUUCUUCAGCAGGUGUAUAAGUCUCCAAAAACUAAAUGGACCCAGCUGUCCGGCAGACGGCUUCAGAACUGGGGAGGGUUACCACAUCCCAAAGGCAUGCUGGCAGAAAAGAUCCCCGACUGGCUCCAGGUGUACUGUGAGAAGAUUUCUUCUCUGGGUGCCUUCAGUGGGAAAACAGCCAAUCACGUGUUGGUGAAUGAGUACAAACAAGGAGAAGGGAUUAUGCCUCAUGAAGACGGCCCUCUCUACCACCCUACUGUCACCACCAUCAGCCUGGGCUCUCACACCCUCCUCGACUUCUACACGCCCAUCAGCAGAUUGGACGGCGAUGCGCCGCAGACCGAGGAGAGCCGCUUCCUCUUCUCUCUGCUGGUGAAGCCGCGCAGUCUUCUGAUCCUGCAGGAUGAAAUGUACCAGCGGCUCCUUCACGGCAUCCAGCCCUUUGACCAGGACACGAUGACGGACAAGGUGGUGAACCUGUCUGCCGCUGGGGCCCUGCUAGGAGAGACACUGACCCGAGACACCAGAGUGUCACUGACUAUACGACAUGUGCCAAAAGUUAUGAAGGCGAAACUCAUACUGGGGAGGAAAUGAAGAAAGGACUGCAUGUUGACCUGAUAGUUUGUUUGUUACUGACACCAUCAAGCAUAAUCAAUCAAUGGGAAUCUCCUUCAGGCUGCUUUAUGAAUUUUAUUUCAUAUGGAUCACUUCGGGCUUGGUUAAAUGUCACCUCUGGAGCUGUGGCUGUAGCUUUCUGGACAUUAUCAGUGGUGAUAUAAACUAAACAUGCUUAACUAUUAAUUAAUCUCUUUUAAGGGAUCUAUAGAACACAUAAAAGAAGAAUGAUGUCUUUAAAUUCAAGUAUUCAAUGUGUAAUUAUUACAUUAUUAUUUUUUAUUAUCAGAAGGCCAAACAUAUAUGUGCAGCUCUGUAAUCAUCUUUUUGUAUUUUCAGUUGAUGAAUGACUGAUUCAUCAAUGUCUUGUUUCAGCACUACAAACAUAAAACGGAUAUAAAAUUAUUAUUCAUCGUGUUUGUGUAUGGAUUUAUUUAAGUGUGAUCGUUUUGGGAAGAUAAGUAAUUGCAGUACUGAUAUGCCAAAGAUGUGUUUUGAGAUAAUCAAAAAACUUUGAUACCAUUAAAUAACUUGUCCACCAGAGACCAGAGACACUUUUAACGUUAACUUGCUGAGUACAUACAGUACUGUAUGUCUGUCACAACUCUUUAAUAAACAAAUUUCAGGGUUACGUAUCCACUAAAACCACUUUACCUACACACUAAGUAUGAAAAUACAGUUUAAAUUAACAUGUUUUGGUUCACACAAGUACAAAAUUUCAUCGUAUUUUAUUGUACAAAUUAAGAAUAACAUAAUGGCUGAUUAAUCUACCAUCAGAAACUCAUUCCAUGUGUCACUUAUUAACCAGAGUGUAGGAUUCAUGACAAGUUUGCUGUUAUCUUGUUCUUGUGUUGAGUUAGAAACUGUUGGGAUUGUUGACUGUUGUUAUAUAGACCAGUCUUAGCCUCACAACAGAAGGCUUUUAUCAUCAUGUACUCUGUCCUGAAAAUGCACUGACAUUGUUUCACUUUGGUGUGAAAUCAUA